UUGUUGGUUUGAUAACUAGACUUUAGAAGGGUGACUUUGUUAAAGCAAGUUUUCUCGGCACCCGGCAUUUAGCGGUAGGGCUCCUGCUUUCUGUUAUAGGGGCUCCGCUUCUACGGCACAAAUGCGAUCGCUGCAGUAAUCACACAUAUUAUGAACCAUAAUGAAGAGACGUUUGGUAUAUUUUGUUGUAGUUUUCACUAGAUUGUUGCAGUUUUUGCAAGAUUUACUUCAAUUUCUCUUGGCAAACUUAAGAAUACUCAAAAAUAAUCUUUGCAAAAUUUGUUUGUUAUGUUCUUUUAAAAACAUAUAUUUUCAUGAUAUUAUUUGAUAAUGCUGAUUGGUUGCCAGUUAUCGCUAUAUUUUUAUUUUUCAUUUUGAAAUACCAUUGCUCAUCUCAACAAAAGACUUACCAUUUGAUCCUAUUCUUUUAAAAAUCGAAACUCGAUUUUGGGCCCAUUAACUUUAUAUGAGAUGGAAUUAGCAUAUCGAUGAAUGGGUAAACAUUCAUCUUGGUUGGAAAAACACUCUUGCGACUGAAUGUAAAAUAUUUUAUCACAGAGCGAUGGGUCUGAAAUUCGACACAAGUGUGAAUGCAGAAACUAUAUUGAAUAAGAUAAGUCGCGAGCCAGCACUUAUUACACGAUGCAGUUUUUAGAUGUGGGCUGUUGUACAAGUCAUCUCCAAGUUGCCAUGCAAAAACUCGUUGGAGCCAAAUUAUAAAUCAAAGUUUAAAAGCUAUUUUGUCAAAAGUAUUAGCAUGUUCAUUGUUUUCAGCGGUCACUUCGUCAAUGUCUCAUUUAUUUUAGGUUUUUUCCAUUUGCCUUUGAAUGUGUUGUCAGUCAUUUACUAACAUGGUGUAAUUUUUGUUGUUUUCAAAAUUCAAUAUUUGGCAUAUUAGGAUGGGGGCUUUUCGAGGUUGGGAGCUUAUUAGCAAUUUCUAUUUCCAAGGCGGGGGCUUUUUCGAGGGUGGGGGAGGAGUGCUUAUACGAGAGAGGCAAUUUAAGGUUUGGCAUUUUUGUUAUGUUUACCACACAUUCCCUCUCGCCCCUUCUAUUUUAUGUUUGAUAAUUGGCUAGAGAUUAUCAGGGUUAUACAAAUAAGAAAUGCAAAAUUAUAGAGCGUGUACAAGGCCUGCUAUAAAAUGAUAUUUUCAUAAAGCAACAGCUGACCCCAAUGAUUUAUCUCAAUACAAAUGGUGUAUGUGAUGAGGAUUUUGUGCAAAGGCCCCUCACUUUUUCAGAGGUAAAGUUUUUUGGCCGUCUUUUUUAUUAUUUUUGAAAGCAGAGUAUGAUAUAAAAAAUAAUAAAUUGUUUAUAUACUGCUUGAUUUUAUUUAAUCUAUUUACAAACUUAUUUAUUUGUCUAUUAUUUGCAUCAGUUCAGUAGAUAACUUUCUGUAUCAUUGUAAUGUCUGCAUUUUCGAUAUGUAAAAAUGGCCUACUGAAAAUUCUUGAGACAAAGAAGAUGCACAUUUCUGUUCAGGAAGUAAAAUUCUGUCAAUCAAUUCAACAGCUUCUUGUUAUUCACAUUGCGGCACACUCUGAACCAAAGGUUGUCCUUUCUUUCUAGCUUUAGCAUGACCCUUGACUCCUCCCCUUCUAAAUUUUUUCUAGAAAUCAACAAUCAAUGUUUUUCUGAGAUUCGUCGAACUUUUUAUUCUGAGGGGUAUAGUAUUUUGUUAAAUUAUAGUCUUGGAGAUGCAUUUUUGGCCAUUCUAGACGGCUUGAUUUAAAAAUUGCGCGAGUUAGCUAUUGGGGGCAUGGGGGUGUGAAAUCCCCUUAAAAUCGGCGGAUUUCAAGGAGGGUCUGAACACUCCCCUUGAUCGCAAUAGCUAGCGAUUGCACUGCUGACGCCCUAAUGAUUUAAGAAAAGAUUUAAAGCAAUGCCAAUUUAAAGCAAAGCAGCUUCAAAAUUAAGAAAAAAAUUCAAAACAGCCAACAUGAACUUCAAUUUAUUGCAUUUCUUGAAUUAAAACGAGCGUGCUUUGUCCAUCCUACAAAUCAGACAUCCAACUCUAAAAGCUUUGUUAUUGGAGUUUAACAAAAACACUUUCCAAACAGAUCGAAAUUUCUAGCCAGUGACGUAUCUGCUUAUCGCUUUGGACUGCCUAAAUAAUCGUGGGACCUCAAGAAGUUCCAUUGAGUGUCCUAUCCAUCCAUUUCAAUAGGCUUUUGUUCUUUAUUGUGUUGAUUUACAAUAGAAAUCGAACGCGUGGACAAUAGAAGACUGGACCGCAGUGUUCUUAUCAACAUUCACAACAGUGUUUUCAUUUAGUUAUUUAAAGAUUGGCACAAGAGAAGAAAAAGAAAAACAUAACAUGCAGAGCAAAGUUAUUAUUCAUUAAAGGAAAAUAAGUUCAUGAGGUUGUGGAUCAUUGCUAUCAGAAAGCCGUUUCAUCGUUCGUUUUCGUCGCGUUGGAAGCCAUUUUUGUUAAUGUUGACGAUAGGCCUAGGCAUGCACAGUCAGCUGAGAUUAUGGAUCGCAAAGUAGAUUUUCACAUGUCGAUGUUACUAAAUGAUUGGAGGAAAAGGAAAUAUUGCAUAAAGACUCCUGGAUAAAUAAAAUAUAUUGUUUUACAUUUGACGAAUUAUGUGGCGUACAGGGAGUAUUCUCUGUUUAUAUCCAAAUAUUUUUGACGUGAAAACUUUUUGGUAGGCCAAUCGACAGGUAGGGUUAAAGGUUUAAUGUGAGAUUGUUUGAGCAGUUGGUGUUUUGUAGCGAAAAGCCUAAAGGGGAGAUUAUCCCCGUCUAGUUAAUUUAUUGUUAUACAAAAACAAGCUCUUUGUGUUGAAGAUAUCCCUGUCUAGAAACAGUCUCAGGUUGCCUACCAUAUUGUGUGUUAUCUUUGUUGGUCAACGUGUAAUAUAUGAUGGAAUUCUUUUCAUUUUGCGUAGAAAGAGAGCUUCCUUGCUUUUUCCAUGCUCAUGUUUCAGAAUAAAUUGUGAUGUUUGGUGAAUUUUUUGGAUAAGUAUGUUUACGCUUGGUGAUGUAGCUGAUAUUCUUGAUGAUGCCCUUGACAUGGGCAUAAAUAUUGUUGAUGCAUUACACAAGCUUGCAGAUGCAGGUGAUAAAGGGAAAGUGACUAAGGAUAACUGUCGUAACCAGUUAGGAUUGUCUGGAGAUGGAAGUGGUUUGACACAAACAGAUGCUCAAGUCAUUAGUACAACUGAUACACAUGCAAGAGAAAGCUUUCAUGGAUGUCAGUCAGUUGAUGUUAUUGAUAAUAGCAAAGGAAAUUCAUCAGCCAAAAUUGUAACUGGCCAUGGAAUGAAUUAUCAAGAACCGUAUGGCAAAUUUCAUCCAGAUUCGUCUUCUGGCGUAGAGGAUUUGAGUGGAUACUCUAAAAGUGACAGCUUUAGUUAUGCAAAUGAGCAAAAAGAAUCUCCUUUGAAACUGUCAAGUUACAAAAUAUCAGCUCAGUCUCCAGAGUCUCCAAGCUUGACACGAAAACAGUAUGAUGGAAAUCUUGAAUCAUUCCAAGAAGAUGAAUAUUAUGAUACACCAUCAAAUGAUUAUAAGUCGAAAAAAUGGUCAACAAUGUUGGCACUUAAUUUAGAAAGUGAUGAGCUUGAGCCAAUGUUAGUGAGAGAUUUUUUAGAAUCACCAGUUAAAAAGCCAUCUGUUGGUAGCGCUGAAUCUUCAGAUUAUGAAAAUGAAUCACUCACCGAUUACCAUAAGCCAAAAAGGAAAAGAAGAAAUACAUAUAGCAUUGAAUCAACACCGGUGAGUGAAGCAGAAGAAAAAGGUCUGCCAAUAAUUGAUGCCCUGGAUGACCUCUGUCGGAUGGCAGAUUGUUUUAUAAAUGAGAAUUGGGAUGAUAUUGGUAAAAAAGAGCACGAAAAAGAACAUAAUAACAAGGUGGGGCAUGAAGAAAUCUUUGGAUAUUACAGUGAGGAGGAAGAAAUAUCUCCAACUGCCUCAAGACUAAUUGAUGAAAAGAUCUUUGCAUUAGACAGGGAAACUGCAAAAGCACUAGAAAGCUUUCAUGUGGCUUCAGGUGGAGGAAAUGAAUUUAAUGAGGAACUAUUACAGGAGGAUAAAAAGUUGUCAAGCAGAUUUCUAGAUACUAGUAUCCACGAUGUUGUAGAUGAAAACAUUGCAUACAUUGGGGAUCAGGCAAAGCUUGUUUUGAGAUCAUUUGAGGCACUUAAAUCUCUGAAACAAUAUAAAAAUUUGGGCAGUUUUGUUAGACAUGGUGAUCAUACUGAGUUAAAGAGUGACUUUUAUAACCAUAAUGAACCUGAUGGCUCUGCUUUUUCAAUGUCUAAUACUGAUGUCCAAAGUGUAAGAAAAGAGUCAGACUAUAACACACAGUCUGUAAAGCUCAGAACAUCUCAAAGGCCAGUUGCUGAUAUUGGAAGAAAUGAUACUGAUUUCAGUAUCCCGGAUCUUGCUAGUAAUAAGGAACACAGUGAUAUACAAUGUAAAAGCAGUGAUCUUACUUCAGAAGUAAACAGAAUUGACAAGGUUGGUGAUAAAUUAGCAGCAGCUUAUGUGGAAGAAAGUUUUCCUUGUGAAUUCAGAACAGUAAAAGAUGUCUUAUAUGAAUAUUCUGAUGAUAUCAAUACAUUUACAAUUGGCAAUAAAGAAUAUGGAAAAGAGUUUUCGUCACCUUCUUCCACAUGCGUAAAAAGGCCUGGAACCUAUGUCAUUGAAGGAAGUAAAGAUAAAGUAUUUGCCAGCCAUAUUUCUGAUUCACCUGAUAUGACUGAUGCUAAAGUUUGCAGUAAGAAUCAAGUUGAGAAAGAGAUUAAAAUAAGAGAUUUAGUUUCUGCACCAACAAACAAAAAGCAAAGAGCUGCCAAUACUUCUGCUAAAUCUGCUAGUCCUAAUCAGUCUGUUGAUAUGGGUAGUGAGACAACCAUAGAUAGUUUUUCUGUACCAAGGAGUAAAUUUUUGGUAAACAAAUCAGAGGUUGAAAAUGAACAAAAAAGCAACAAAGAAUGUCAAAUUGCAAAGCUGAAGUAUCCAGGUGACUGGGUAAAAUGGCAGACAGUAGAGGAUGUCAUUGGAGAAGGAAGCAAAAAUAGGACAAGUUUUUAUAGUAAUAAUGAGAACUUCAGUAGACAUGAUCCAGUUGGUGAUCAUUGUAGAAAACACAUCUCUGAUACAAAUGAUGCUGACAGUUUACCAGUUAGAAGAAGACCAGGAACUUAUACUUUGGAUCAAAUUCAAAUACAGCUAUCUUCAGAGAAUUCAAGUGAUGUAACACAGAAUAUGCCUAAAUCUUUUGAACAAGAAAAGCUUCCUGAAUGUGAAAAUAAAGAUACAAUUAAUGUUGAAAUUUUGCUUGAUGAUUCCAAAGGAAUGACAAAAAAGAGUAAUGACAGUCCAGUGAAGGUGCAGCCAAAAUUUAAAAGGCCGGGAACUUAUGUCUUACACCGAGUUGAUGAUGAGGAUCUUCAGCAGCCAACAGAUUCUUUGGCAAUUGUUACUGAGACAGAGAGGGAGAAUUGUGGACCCAUGUAUGAAAAGGAUUAUGUUUAUAAACAACAAAAGUUGAACGAAUCAGGAUAUGUCAAUUCAAAGCAGGUUAAAAACAUUCAAAACAAAGAGGAUUUUACACUAGAAAAUAAAAAAGGAAGUUUUGUAGACAGGAAAGGGGGUGAUGAUUGGGUGUGUGAUGACAGUUUUAUGUUUGAUAAACAUGAGGGUACUGUGGUCAGAGGUGGAAUCAAGAGACCAAACACAUUUGUUUUGGAACAUGCAGAUGAAAAAGUAAUUGAAAAGUGUGAUGCACUUUCAGAUUUUGACAAAAAUGCUGGAGCGGACAUAGUUGAUAAUGACUUAAGUGAUGACUCUUCUAAAACUGGGAGUAACGGGUCAGGAAAGAAGGCCAAAAGACCUGGUACAUUUGUUUUAGAAAAAGUAGAUACAAAAAGAACCAAAGAACAAGGUUGGUUAUCGAGUGAGAAUAGAAAUAUUCUUGCUCCAAAUACUGAAGACAACAGAAUUGGUACUGCUUACAGCAGCAGUCAAACUGGAGCAAAGAUGAAAAGACCGGGUACAUUUGUGCUAGAAAUAGCAGAGAAGAAAGGAGCAAAUGAGUUUGGUAGUGUAUCAGAUGAAAAAGGAAAAAGAGUUGAAGCAAGCAUAGAGGAUGACAGUGUUGUUAGUUAUGAUGCAUGUGGUAGCACUGUAACAGAGAUGAAAAGACCACGCACAUUUGUAUUAGAGCAAUCAGCCAAUAAAGGAGCUAAAGAAGGUGCUAUAUCCAGCAGUAAAUUAGAUGGAGAAGAAAUAAAGGAAGAUGAUGACAAUUAUGAUGGUGAUAGGCCUAGUUUUGCAAAAACAGAAGGAAUAGGUAAAAGAAAGAGAAUUCCGAGACCCAAUACCUUUGUUCUAGAAAAAAGUCCGCACAGCUCGGCUACUGACCCAAAAAUUGAAAAAUCCGAUGUCAGGAAUCAGAAUGAAGUUGAGAUGUCUCUCGAUAGCAGCCAAGAAGUCUCAUCAAAGCAAAGUGAAGACCUAAGACGUCGAAAACGACCAGGGACAUUCAUUAUAGAAAAGCAAAUGCCUUUAUCAAAUAUUACAAAUAGUGCAAUAUACAACGAUGGAGACAGGGAAGAUUCAGAGGUUAUUUCUACUGGGGUUGAAGGUAUAGGGGAUUGGUUAGUGGAAAAUGAUUCAAAUAAGGAUGGCAUAGGAAAUGAAGGGAAACCCAUUGAAAUUGGAAGGGUAGACAUUAGAGCUAGAACUCAAAAUGACAAGAACACAGAGUCCCACCAACACAUCAAAUCGAAAAAGUCAAGACCGAGUACAUACACAAUUGAAAAUGAUAAGACAGCGAAUAAAACGGAUGAGUCAAUCUCUUAUAACAUACCAAUAGGUUUCCAAGCUGUUGAGAUAGAGUUGUUUGAUGAAAACCAAUUUGAUCCUGCUGAGGAAAUGAACACGAUGGUAGCAACUGAGGCCAACACAAUGGAACCAAUAGAUGAUAAAACUGUGAUUUCUGAUAAUAUAACAGAAAAAACAUCAAAUCAGAAUUCUGCAGCAGAUGAACAAAGUGUUAGAGAUACCGAAUUGUCAGCAGAUACGAUUGAUUAUGAAACUACCAAGGCCUUCCAUACAGCACAGAAUAAACGUUCGGUUGCUUCUAACACACAUCAAGAUGAAAGCCGAGAAACUCUAGAAAUAAUUGAGAGACCAUUACAUAUGAACUGGAUAGUAUCACAGAAAAAGCUUGAUCCCAUGAAUAAACCAGCAGCUACUUCACUUGAUGUCGGUGAAAAAUGUACAGAUUGUGUAGAUCAAAGCUCGGAAGUUAGAGAUGAAGUCUCUGACAAAGAAGAAGAAGACGUUAUGAUCAAAAGCAGUCCAGCUGUAGUUGGAGAUAGUGGGAUCACAGCCACAUCUUCACUCGUUGAUUCAGAGGGAACAACCCAGUACAUUGGACCUUAUGAUCAGGGCAGUAUUGAUGGAACUGAAACCAGAGAGACUGAAUUUGGCACAAAUAUAUCCAAUAAUGGUUAUGAAAAUAAAGAAAUCUUUUUAGAGAAAGAAAUUUACCGGUCUGAAGAAGGUGACGGCAAGGGUGUGAUUGAGCGGGUUUCAGUGGCUAAUUUCUCAGAAGAAGAGAGAAAGGAGCAGAUAAAUGAUGACAGCGUCCCCAAAGACAAAGAUAAUGCAGAGAACAGCAUCAGCAAGGGUGCAUUUUAUAAUAAGGAACAUAGAAGCAGAUUGCCUGAUCCAGAUUUGUUUAAAGAACCGAGCGAUUACAACGAUGGAACGGAUUCCAGUAUAAAAUUUUCAUUAACUUCUACGGUUGAAACAAAGGAAGAUGCAGAGUUGAAUAAUAAUGAAGUUAAAACAGUUGAAAGGGAUUUUUCUUACAAGCCUGAUUACAUCGAAAUGGCAGAUGAACAUGCUGUUUUAUCAAUAUACGCAGAAAGUGAUUGUUGUCCAGAUGAGAAUCAUCACAAUGGAACAGCUGUUUUUAAUUUUUCAAAAAAACCUGUCGAGGACAGGGUGCACGAAUUAAACGCAGAUGAGAGCAAGGAAGCUGUAGGCCAAGGUGGGUCUCAUAAAAGAGCUUAUAAUAGUUUGGAAACAUUGGUUGAUGGCAGUUUAGUGGAAAGAUCGCCAAGCGCGUUGGUUAGGUUGCCCGAAGAGGAGACAUACAGCAAUCAUGGAUCAAAGAACAAUCAAAUUGCAUCGAUUAAGUAUCGAGAUAAUUCAUUUACUGAAAUUGCAGAUGCUAGUAGACCAAGUUGUGAUGUAAAUUAUAAUGAUUUAAAUGAGUUUAGCGAUGAUGGCAAAGAUGAACAAGGGACAGAGUGUAUCGUUUCCUCGUCAAGUGUAGCUGAAACUGAUGAGGAUAUGGCUCGAGGCAGAAUUGCAUUAAAGCUAGAGAUUAACAUCUCAGACUUGAAUGAUAAUUUUAACGACGGAAUUACGACAAGUGAGCGAGAUUUUCAUCGAAAGGAAAACCAAAAGUCUUGCCAAAGCAAAACAAAGAACAAGAGUGAAGAUCUUCACAGUACCGCAAACAGGAAAAGUGAAAGAAUUAAGCCGCCUGUUGAUGCAAAUGCCUCGAAAAUUGUGGAUAAUAGUGAAAACGUCCAGCUGACCUUGAAGAUUAACAAUGGAAAGGAAAGGGCUGGCCCUGAUGUUGAUUAUUCAAGCCAAGGAAUAAAAUUUGAUGUAAACUUUGAGGAUGAUAGCAAAAAGACAGCUACUUUGCCACAUGACUUGAGAAGAAGGCUAUCUGUUAAAACUCGGAGAAAAGUCAAGGAAAGACAAGGAACCUAUGUUUUGAAUAGUCCAAUUUUUAGUAGAGAUGAAUAUGAAGAUGAAGCUGCCUUUAAAAAGUCUCUUGCGAGAAGGAGUCUUGGCUCAUCAGAAGAUUGCAACUUACAGGAAGAGAUCAGAAGGGCCAUUGAAGAAGGUCGGUUGGAACUUGAAAAAGGAUACGAAGAGAGGAGUUCAUUCGAGGAAAACAGUAAUACGUAUUGUGCAGCAGCUAAUUUGCAAGACAGAAACACAGCUCAGGAUGCAGAUAAUUCUUAUAAAUCCGAAUAUCUUGAAAAUUCAAUCAAAAAUGUUAAAACUAGAGGAACUUCUUUUCAAGCAAAUAAAUCACCCAGACCUGGAACUUACGUUUUAGAAAGUCGCGGAGUGGAAAAUGUUUCAAGACAACCGAGACUUGUUAUUGAUGGAGAGUCAAGCACUUUAAACAAGGAUGCUUCUGAUAGCAAGAUUCAGACUACAAAGGUAAAUGAAACUAUUAAUAGUGACCGGAGAGAGAAACCUGUAAAGGCAGAAGUUCAUGUUUCAAAACGAGAAUCGCUAGAGAAGUUUAGAAAGAGUUUUGAAACACAAAGAAUCGGCUUCUUUGUUGAUAUAAGUCAAGAUAAGAAAGAUGAGAAUGGAGCCGAGUUUGACGUCGAGAAAGAGCAGGUAGAAACAAAUAACGGAAAGGAAUAUUCUAGGUCCAAAGUUUUUGCUAAUUCAAAAAUUGACAGUUGCGGUGUUGAAGGCUCGGCUGAUUCCAAAGCAAAAGUUUUGCAUGAAACUUUUGAUCGAGAUUUGAUAUGGGACGAUGUAAAUGAACCGCAAAGUCAACAUUUUAUAUCUCCAGAUGACCAUGGAGAGAAAUAUUGUAACGAGAUUGGUCUUUCCAAAUUCCAAAUGAAGAAAAAUACUGAAAUGGUGAAGAAAAUUGAUGACAUCUGGAAAAACGGCACUGAUUGUAGCGAGGAGGACAAAGAGAUUAAUUCUAAGGUCAAUAUUUGGAUUAGUAAAUCAAUGAAGGAUCAGUCUUCGGCUAUUAUGAUGGUGAAUAAUUCAUCAAGUGUGCUUGAUGGUAAAAUGUUUUCUGAUACUACAGAACAUUCAGGUGUUAGAGAAACCAAAGGAAUCCAGGAUGGAAGCGAGAAUCAUGGAAUGGAUGGUUCACCCUUGCUCCCUGGUGAAAAUCUUAAAGAGAAGGAAAUGGUAUCUACAAAGGACCAAGGUGAAGAUAGAAUUGGUGUUGCUGCAAACGAGGCUAGACACGAUGACUGUGAUUUGGUUUUCGUCAGUGAUAUGACUAAUGAAGAAACUGGAUUUGAAAAUGGAUUUAGUCGCAGACAAAAGCUGGCGCAAGGAGUUGAAGAUUUAAACAAAGCCAGAUAUAAAUCCUGGGAAAUCACUCCUGAUGCAGAAAAAGAGGUUUUGCAUAGAAUAUCAUCUCUUAGUGAGCAAGAAAUGAGAAAGGCUGCUCCUCCGCUGGAUCAAUUCAAUAAAGAUACUGGUAGUAUGCUUGAAAGACAAUCGAGCGAGAAUUCAGGCUUGCAGAGCAGCAGAUAUAUUGAAGAAGUAGCAUUGGCAAAAGCGAAGGUGACAUCUGAUAUGCUUAGUGUUCAGCCGAAUGAGACAGGCCUAGAAACUAUUGGUUCAACUGCAGAACCUUUCAAAAGAAAGAGUGAGUUUUUCGUCGUCGACUGUGAAUCAUUUGGGGCUGAUGUUGGUGCUAGUGAGGAGGAUGUUGGAAAGAGAAAGAAGAACUCGCCUCGAAAAGGAGAGUUUUUUGUUGUAGGAGAAGAGUUUGACGCAUCAAAAAUAGCAAGGAGGAAAAGUGGAGAACACAAGACCGUUACGCAGCCGGAAUUGGGAAAAGAAGCAAGCAAAACGGGUGUCAGAAGAAAAGAGACUUUUGUUGUGAGAAAAUCUACUGAUUUUGAUAAAGAGAAAGACACGAAAUUUGAUGAAUCUUCAGGUUUUCCUGAGAAAUCUAAUGAAGACGACCUUGAAGAAUCGAAAGUCGGAUCUCAGGAUAAGCAAAAAGCUCACUUUGAAGAUAAAUCGAAUGAAGAUUCAGCAUUGAUAAGCAGUAUUGAAAAAGCUGCUACUGUUUCGUCUGAAAGAAAAUAUGAAAUGGACAGGGACAUAAGGCAAGGUCAAGACGAAACAGUCGCGGAGGAUUUUGAUCUUUAUGUUUCAAAUGGAAGCCGGCCUUCAAGUGGGAUAUCAGAAUCACAGUCAAGUUUAGUUGAAGAUGUUGAACGGAAAUUUGUUAGAGGCGAGAGUGUACUGUCAGAUUUCGAAGAAUCUGAGAUGUGCAGAGAUCAGUUUGAAAAGACUGCUGCCGAAGCAUUGGUCGAUAAGAAGCCUUUCGACCGUCAGUUGUCUGAUUCUGUGAUCACAGUAUCCAACAGAAAUGCAACGAGAGACGAAAGUGUUGACGUCGUCAUGAAUUUGGCGGGAAACUAUCAGAACAAUAGACUCAUUGAGAGGCAAGUCUCAGAAAACAGCCGGUUAAGCAAUACAGCAAUGAAAGAAAGCAUGGCGGUCAAUACGGCCUCUGCUAGUAUGCCCAGUCUUGACAGCGACCUGACAAUGAACCCGUUCAAAUUACCGAGGGCACAAAGAACGCAGAAUCUCGGGCACAGACCCAUGAGUUACGAUAUUAAGCGAAAACCAUUGCUGGAAAAGCUGGAAAAAUUGUGCACUUUUAUGACUAAAUCAUUGACAAAAUUAAAUACAAUGAGCGAAGAUGAAUCUGAGAUAGUCAUCAGGGUUGAUAAAAGGCAUGGAAAGGAGGAUAUGUAUUUGCAAAGGAGGUUGUCUCAGGAAACAAGCAAAUAUCACGCAGAUUACGCCAAUGGCUCUCAUAAACACAAGCAAUGUUUAGAAGAGAGGGACGAGGAAGCGUCAAGGUCAGAUGAUGAUGAUCCUAGUGUUUUGCAUGAACAUGAUGAACACAAUGAAGAGGAAAUUUAUCAGAGUGGCAAAGAAAAGCAAUUGAGGCCGUGGGUAGCAGGAGGUGCAAGAAUAACUGAAGACGACAUGGACCAUCAUUCUUUGUCGGUAGAUUCGCGUCAAGAGCUCAAUUCUGUUCAUGAAACGAGGUCAGGUAACAGACACUCCAAAGAUGCGGGUCAUAGUCUCGAUCUCAACCGAAAAAACACGCGGAAGCCUCGGUAUAAACGAGCAGCAAAAGAUGAUCGUGGAAACGAAUCACAGAGAGAGUCGCUUGCGCCACGGCUAGCUGUGUUGAAAAUGCAGCUUGAGGAGAAGCGAAGACAUAUCGAAGAAGAGAAGCGGAAAAUGAUGCACCAGUGGAACGAGGAGCGUACGAAACUGGGACAACAGGCCUUUUGGCUUGCUGUUGGAAAAGAGUCCAAUCUGGAGCAAGAGAGACGAGAGCAAGAGAAGCAAGCAGCUCUGGAUGCUGAAAAAAAGAAGAAACCCGGUCUCAUAUUUUUUCCUUUUUCCGACGAAAAUGACCCAGCAAAAGCUUUAAAUAAUCAAAAAGCGAAGAGGAACAUUUUGGAGUCUCCCCCUAAUGAAUGUUCGACCCCCCUUACCCCGAUACCCAGUCAGGACCCUGGCAAUCAUACUCAACCAUCCACAACUUCGGACUACCCAGUGCGUGAAAAUCGUAUCGGCUCUGCUACAAUUAUGGAAGCAAGCACGAUAGGAGAACAGAGUGCAGCAUUUUCGUUGCCUAAACGCACCAGUUAUGAAGCCCUUGAGGCUGAGAAUCAAUCCGGCGAACUGCAAGAUCAAGUGUUCGUCAGUCCUAGAGUACAAUACCAAAGCAAAGAACAGAAUGCAUAUACCUCUGACUCCAGGCAUCACGUGGCGAUGCCACAGUCUGGGAAAGAACCUCAUCAGUCAUCGCGACUUGACGACCGUGGUUUUGAAGACGCUUCUACUAAUAACACCGGACGUCGUACAGCUUGGACCGAUCCUUACUUAGUAAAACCGGAUGACUUUCCACCAUACCAAAAAAGUGUUGAUGAAAGACUAGAUACCCGACCCGGUUAUAGCCCAAGGAGUGAGUAUAUCAACACGGAUGAAGUAAUAAGAAAAAAUAGCUAUGAAGAACCUGAUGACAUUACAAGACAAUAUGUUGAAAGCCAAGCCAGGGCUCAUUAUGAGCCUCCUCCGGAUAUUGAAGGACAUGCAGCGGCUGGUUCUUUGAGAAAAGAGUCUCCAAGAGAAACUGCAAUGUUUGCAUUACAAAACGAGGACGCGAUAAGCGAAGAGGGAACUCCGAAGGAGAAGGGCAUUGCAAUGGUUAUUCCGGGUGAUGAUAUCUCGGCAGCUGGUCCUAGUUGCAAAACGAUCAUUGAGAUAACGGAUGACAUCGAGUCGACGCAAACGACACUCACGCCAGAGCAACAAAAGAAGAAAGAGAAAUUUAUCCAGAACAGACUGAAACGACAACAGGAAGAGAAAGCAAAGAGGGAGGCGGAGCAGGAGCGAAAACGAAGAAAAGAAGAGAAAAUAAAGGAGAGAAAAGCUCAAUUGGAGAAGAAAGAAAUUGAAGAGCAGGAGAGAUUGAGAAAACAGAAGCAGGAAGAGGAAACGCUGAGAGGAAAAUUGAGGGACCCUGAAGAAGUAGAGUGUGCCCCUUUCCGCAUUCCAAGAAGGGACGAGCAAUGGGGUACACCUCCCGGCAAAAAACAGGGAACACCUUCCGGAAUUUCGAGAAGCCCGCUUUUAGGACAGGUCGAGGACAAUCCACCCCAACAAUCAAGCUUUGCGGAGUACAAAGGUCCUCCAGUGUAUGUAAAGCCAACGGGAAAAUCAAAUCGUCAGAUUAUAGUCAACGCCAUCUCUUACUGCUGCUUGUCUGGGGAAGUGAACAAAGAGGCAAAGGAGAAGUCAUUGCAGGUUUUAUCACAAUCAAAUGCCACCCACUUCUUUGUAUUGUUCAGAGAUGGUUUGAAGUUCCGAGGCCUCUACACAUAUGUACAGGAGGUUGACGAGGCCCACAAGAUUUACGGUGUUGGCCCGAAAGUGAUUGUCAAUAAAAUGAUCGACAGACUGUUUAAGUAUAGCAGUGGUGCGAAGUCGUUCACUCAAAUACCUGCGAAGUCACUGUCGAUUCAAGUGGAUGGUAUUCAGAUUAAUAAAGAGUGCUGGAGUCAAGGCAAAGGAACGAAACUUCCGUCGAAAACAGACUCGAACUUAAGAAAGGGAGCAGCCACAAGCUCAAAGUCUGAUUUACUAAAAAAGGGCUCCCCAAAACCAGUCAGAAGGUAGUAUUGGAUUGUAUACAACAUAGAUCUAACAUAGUUGAAACUAGUAAUACCACAUAGAUCUGACGUAUUUUUUGUCAUAAUCCUGGAAGGGCCAGUCAAUGUGGAAAAACUGAACACUGUAUUGAUCAUUCUAGCAAUCAACCCUAGAGAUAAGGAACAAAUGAAUUAAAUGCCAAUACGCACCGAGAAAAUUCCCACAAUUUAAGCAUCAUGUAAAUAAUGUCACCUUCUUAAACCAGAAGUAAUAUCAUUUUGAUCCAUCGCAAAUUCCUGUUAAAUGCUCGAAAACAUUUUAUAUACUUACGUUCAUUAAGUCUCCAAACAUUAUUCUGAUGCUGGACCACAAAUAAUUGUCGGCCGAUAAUGUUAGUUAAAGUUCUGUUGAGAUUGAAUUCAUUUUGUUGAGCCUACUCUUCAGUAUUAUCAUUUUCGUUAUGUUGUUGAUAUAUUUUUGCACAGAAAGGUACGUGUAGAGGGUUUAGUUUCUUGUAUAAAAGUUUAUUUGUCAAUAGUUGUUUAAUAAGCAUCAGUUAUCUUUUUGUAGAA